CACCAUGACAACUUCAUUUAAACUUAACUUCAAAAUAUCUUAUCCAAAAUCCAAAAUGGACAGCAGCAUCUUAUCAUCGAUGACUGGAGAGCCUUUUUUAGAGCGUGAUAUUCUUGUAGCAAACAAUCAACAGAACGAGCAGCGGCUCAGCAUAGACAAUGCACUUGUGAAUGCCCGAAAUCUCCUGAAGUCCCAAAUCGGCGACAAUGGCGACAAUCUAUUCACCCUAAUGAUGCGCCUUAUUUCACGCAUCCUUGCUGAGAGACCGGACAACGCAGUGGACCUUUUCGAAGAGUACUGCCGAUUGGUCAAACAGGGCCAUUUCGUGCAGCCCGACCUCAAACUUCAAGACGUAAAGGGCAUCGAACAUGAGCGGAAGGUGCAGUUUGCUAGAAUUGUGCAGCGUAAGAUUCAAUCCGUGGGACAUCUUCACUCGGCUCCCAUUUGGUCGCAGAUCGGGUUUACUCUGCCGCCAUCGAUGGAUUAUUUCGUCGACCGACAGAUGGAACUGAUUAAGCAAGCCGACGGUGUCAAAACCGUUCUGUUCUGGGGAGUUAUCCACACUUUGAGUGGAAGCUACUACGUCAUCGAAGCCGAGCGCGACAACUUCGAAGCCGUACAACUGGAACUUCAGCUCAGCAGGGAGAAGACAGAAAUUGCGCGGGACGUCAUCGAGGGUCUUCUCCGGGCCACCGUAUCCGAUGACACAAUCAUAUCGGACUGGUGCGGAGCCGACUCGAUGGUAAUGGACAUGAUUGAUCAGAUUCUGGAGUUUGCCAUUCCACCGGACACGGAUGAGCAGCUAGCGGCAGCAGUGUCGGGUCCCUUGUUGGAGCAAAUUAUUGACGAUGCUAUUGAUGAGGCACAGGAGCCGGAGGUAGAGCUCAGCGUGAUGGGCAGUUUGGAUGUGGUAUCGUGCAGUGCCACCUUAGCCACAUCGGAUUUGAGCUUGAAUGAGCUCAAGUUUGCUUCCGCGAAGGCGCUGCUUGAAGUGAAGAUGAACGUGUUUCGUUACCACGUGUGCCGUGAUCCGAUUGGAGGGGACUGGACUGAGCUGCCGAACGGGGUGACGUUGGAAAAAGUCAUUGACUCCCGUCGCGUCAAACGGUACUUCAAAGGGAUGCUGGAUGCAACUUUGGUGGGUGGUGUUAUGGAGCGUGACCACCUUCGAGCAACCCUGGCUCGGAUUUCUAUGGAUCGAUUUGAUUGCCUUCGUUCGUCGGAUGCUGCCGACCGGAGGCAGCGGCUGAUUUCCGACCGGGACGUGGCCGUUUAUUAUAAGGCAACCGGCUUUGCGAACGGAUGGCGUGAAAUAAAUGGCGAACAAAUUCCGAAAAGCGCCGGUUGGCGCAAAUCCGACACCUGGCCCGGCUCGUACGCUUACGGGAAGGAGCAUUUUAUUUACUCUGGAUGGGGUGUGGAAGGCGGUUGGUGAGAAGGACAAUGGCGAAUGAAUUUUUAAUAAAGAUGCUGACUCCUAAUUGCGAGGACAAAAUUAAUCCCUAGAAAUGAAGGAGGGAAUUGCUUUUUUGUGUAAUCGGUUUAAUGCUUUUCGGUUGUUUGAGAAUAAGUCUAACAAUGAUGGAGUCAACAUCAAUUGGUGCUCGAUUCUUUGUAAUGUUAAAUUUGGAGGAUAUGCUGAGCACUUUUGAAGAAAAUUAAAAAUUGAACACGUGUUUCUUAUUGCAAAACAUUAUACACAA